GAGAGAGAGAGGUGCCGCUCCGUUGACAUUUUACAAAAAGUUUGUCGGCGUUUUCAGACUAGCAAUCACUUUUUGUUGUUACUCCUGAAAGAUUCCACAAAAAUGUCAACAGAAGACUUCUAUCUUCGGUACUAUGUUGGUCAUAAGGGCAAAUUCGGUCACGAGUUUCUGGAAUUCGAAUUUCGUCCCGACGGUAAACUCCGAUACGCAAACAACUCCAACUACAAGAAUGACACCAUGAUCCGAAAGGAGGCCUAUGUCCAUCAUUCCGUAAUGGAAGAAUUGAAACGAGUCAUUUUGGAUUCCGAAAUCAUGGCUGAAGACGAUUCGCUGUGGCCACCACCCGAUCGUGUGGGUCGACAAGAAUUGGAAAUUGUCAUUGGCGAUGAGCACAUCUCGUUCACAACGUCGAAAACGGGCUCACUGGUAGAUGUGAAUCAAUCAAAGGAUCCGGAAGGCCUACGCGGCUUUUACUAUUUGGUACAGGAUCUAAAGUGUUUGGUAUUUUCACUGAUUGGUCUACAUUUCAAGAUUAAACCGAUAUAAGUAUUAGGGCCCGAAUAGAGCCAAUAAGUACGUUGUCAUCGAUAAAUUAAUAAUAAAAAAAACUACGCAGAAGCUGCUUUGAG